AAUACCAAGGGCCGUUGGUAAUGGCUUGACGGUCGUUUGGUGUUCUGACCGAUGGAUCAGCUGUAUCGAAUUGAUGAACUUCCCAAUGUAGAUGAUGUUUUCAAGCAUAGUUAUGAAGUUUACCGGAAUUACUCGCUCGAUGUUUUGAAGUACAAAGAAUUUUGUCAGUAUGGACUUGCAGAAAGCAUCGAAAAAGUCCACGAAUGGUGUAUUCAUCUCCAAUGCUUGAGUCCCUCUGAUCCAUGCUCUCCGAUGAGUGGUGCGGAAUACGAAAAGAGGUAUGGGCUUUUUGUGUUGAUCAGUUAAGAACUUUUUAUAUUUUGAUGGCGUUUUAAGGUCCUAACCUCCCUAUUUUUGGGGAAACGUCCGUUUCGGGCAAAUUUAGGAGAAGCUGUAAUAGAAAACUUUAGGAAGAGGGCACGAAAACCCUCAAAGUUUUCCCAUAUCUGUGGAAAAUUCUCAAAGUCUCGGAGAAAUCCUGAAAAUGUUUGCGGGAAUUUUGGGUUUAUGAAACGUUACGAAAUUCAUGAACGGUUUUAAUUAUUGCUACUUAUUGUGUGCUUGACUAAUGAGUUCAAUGACUUAUCACAUUCUAAAGUGCACUAGUUUGCAAAAUAAUAUUGAGUCCAUCUGGAUAAAAUCUUUCAAUAAUAUUUCUCCAUCGUUCAAUUCAUUGUUUCUACCACUGUAGUUAUGACAAUCAGUUUGUCUGUCACAUAGGUACCAAUACGCUUGUCAUUUAUACUACGGAUUUGGGAUGAGUUCAUUAGCUUUUUCAGUGUAGCAUAAAAAAGCGCACCUAAAUUGAUGCGUAACCUUAUCAAGCUGAUCGAUUAGUUAACAAAUGUGAUCCAACAUAUAUAGUAGCGAUUGGUACUACACUAUUUAAGGCGAUGUUCUCCUAAUUUAUUGUUAUUUUAGAAAACUUAACACUUAAAUUCAUCCCAGUUGACUUCUCAACAUUCAUCAGUGGCGGUUGCAUUAGUAAUAUAAAACAGCAAAAGAACUACGAUAUAUCCAAAAACAAAUUAUUCAAUUAAUGACACCACUAUUAUUGUAUGGUAACAGUAUAAUCAGAGAAUGAUUCUCAUUAUCACAUUUGAGAUUAUCAAGAUGCCAAGUCAACAUGGGAUGUACAUCACUAUAAAUGCUGUAGCUUGAAAUAAUCAGAUACACAGACACAGUGUAAAGUACACACUAAUUUUAUACACAGUCCCUUUAAUCAUCUUGAAGAGAACAAGAACAAAAAUUCUAGCGUAAUGGAAUGGAUUCAUCUUAUCUUAUAUGAUUCUCGUUAGCUGCAUACAACCUGUAGUAUUUAAAAUCAUAAUUACAAAACGGGUUUUAAUUAAUUGCAUGAAGGAGUUUAGUUGGAAGUUAUUUUGAAGAUACAUCAGUAUAGUAUAGCGAAGGUGUAAAUAAGUUUGAUAGACUGGAUAAAAUAUUAUAAAUAUAUAAUUUAUGUAAAAAAGCAUCCCAAAGCAUUGAUUGUAGCAACAGUUAAAAGGUCUAUGCUUGUUAAUGUAAGAUUGUAAACACGACCAUUUUCCAUUAACAAUUAAGUCCUAGACAUUCAAUCAGCAUUCGUUUCUAUUCUAAUAAUUAGCGUUUCCUUACAUAUCUUAACUGACGAAGUGAUCAUCAUGUUCCCAAUGAAAAUGUCUCUUUAUCCUAUUUCCUCUUGUUUAUACUUUAUUGCUGAACAGACAUAUGGGAUUAAUUACUCCAGCCACUUCAUCAUACCUUAACGUUAGUCCACCAGUAGAAGAAUCUUUGCCAAAUUCUUCAUCAAUAUCGGUUUUUAACUAUAUGCAACAUAUUGGGAAUAAUGUAACUGGAUGUUAUGAUGACUAUAUAUGUGAUAAGGAAUAUAAUAGUUAUCCAAAUCAUUGUAUUUUGGGUGUUGUCUGUUUUACUUUGUGCUUAUGUGGAAUUAUAAGCAAUAUAGUUCUUUUCCCAGCUUAUAACUUUGGAUUGAAUCGUUCUGGAGCUACUGUUUAUUUGAGUGCGAUGGCAAUAUUUGAUUGUGUUUUUAUGGGGUUAUCAUUAUUAAUUAAUGUUAUUCACUAUCUGCCACCAUCAUUUAUUGAACAAAUGGAAAUGUAUGGACAGUUUUCUGGUUACUUGAUUCCAUAUGGCCUGCCUGUCAUACAGAUAUGUGAACUGUUAGUUGUUUGGUUAACCAUAGCAUUACUAAUCAAUCGUCUACUUUAUUUGAAUUUGGGCCCACAUUCCAAAUCAUUGUGUUCACAACUUGAAUCCGUGAAAAUCGUAAUAGCGGUGUUUUUCCUAUGUAUUGCUUAUAUGGGAUGCAAAUUUUUUGAAUAUACUUAUGUGGAAUAUCCAGAUAAAAAGGUUGUACGUGUUUUGCUCACUCAACUUGGCAAAACGGAGAUGUUUCGGGAUAUAAUGGAUAAUUGGUUAAAAGUUCCGCUUGAAAUGUUUUUACCGUAUUUGGCUUGUGGAUUGUUAAUAACAACUAUCGUUUUAAAAAUGGUAAAUUUACAUACAUCAAAGUGGAAGGCCGUAGCUAGCUUAUGCAAUGAAACUGCUUGUGCAUGUGUCUGUCGAACAGGUGUCUGUGGUAAAGAAUGUCGUGAAGGUGUAAAAUCGGAGGAUCUAUCUAAAUCCUGGUCAUCUGACUUUAAUAACCAAGAAAAAUCUGGAAAAGUAACAAAUACAAAACAGUCUACUCCUGACAAGAAUGAUACCUCUCAAAAAUCAUUUACCAGUACCAACCGUAAUAACGGUAAUUUCACAAACUUGGAUCCAAUUGAACAGGAGUUAUCCUAUCUUUUCUUCCAAUUGCCUCAAUUAGACGAGACACGUGAAAAUGCUAAUGUUAUAACAGCAGUUUGUAUUGGACUAAUUUUGUUGAUUUGUAAAAUCCCAAAAUUUUUACUACACGUAAUUUCAACUGAAAAUUACAUCACUUAUGAUCCAGAAGUAUUUAGAAUGAUAAAUCAAUUAUUAGAUACAAUGUUUGCAGCUUGUAAACCAAUGAUCUGUAUACUAGUUGGAGCACAUUACAGACAAGCUUUGACAACACCUCCAACAUGUUGUCUACCUAACGAUACUGAUAUUAACACCAAUACAACUACUGUUACUAACAUUAGAGGUGAUGCAUUGAUAAUUGAAGACAAUAAUCAUGAAGCAAUAGUGAAUAAAGAGGCAGUAAACUACCAGUCAGUUAUUACACACCAGCCAGAAUGAGAUCAGUUAAUACUAAAAAUGUCACAUCCAGGUAAUUAAAACUAUUAUAAUCAUGAAUUUCACUGAUUAUACGAGCAAAAAAACAACCAAAGGAUAUUUGUUAGUUUAUUUCCUUUGAUUAUACACUAUUCAUUUAAUUUAGCAUUGAUUCAUGUGACAUGAAGUAGAUAACUUACCUGAAGUCAUUUAGUCAUAUUUCGUUUCGUUGCCAUACUAGUCAUAUAAUCAACACAGAUUUGUUGUUUUCUUCUUUAUUUGAUUUAUCACUUUUAUUCCGAUCCUCUAGUCCAUUUUGUUUUGUGAUUUUAAGAGGAUAUGUACGUUUUUACUGUCCUGUGUUUAUAUGAUUUUCUUGCUAAUUUCAAUUACUAUGGAUUGAUAUUUGAUAACUAG